CCUUCUCCUAAACAAAUGUGUUAACGGAUUUAAUAAUUUAUAUGAAAUUAUUAUCAGAGCAACGAUUUUUAUCAAUUUAUCAUAUUUAGCGCGUGAAACUUAACUUUGUGUUCAAACUUUCAGAAAUGAUUCAAUGUGGCCAUUGUUAAUGUUUCCGUAGUAAUAUACUGUUGUUUACUGAUAACGCAUUUGAUUAUACGUACAAAAAAUGUCUAGUUCUGAUUUGCUGUAUAACGUGGAUUCGGCAUUUGAAUCAAGUUUACAAAGCAAUCCUUUGCCCAACACACUGGAAAUGAAAUCAAAAUCAGGACCCCUUGAUGGAUUCCGCAACUACAAGCCGUUCGAAAUACGUGAUGGUGUUCGUAAGUCGUAUUGGACGUCUGUGGCUGAGAUUAUACGACCAUCAAUGGGGCUUGGACUACUUUGUUUACCUUAUGCCUUUCAAAAGUUGGGUCUGAUCAAUGCAAUUGUACUCUGUCUACUUUUUGGAAUCGUACUUCAAUAUUCAUACGGUCUUUUGUGUCGUGCGAGAUAUAGAAUGUGUCAAGUAAAUAGAGUGCCUUACUUAUGUUUCCAUGAUUUAGUUGAGUAUGGCAUUAAUUUAGGCCCAGAAUACGUAUAUGGAUUUAGUAACAUUUUCAGACGAAUAUCUGUAAUAAUGUUUUUCACUUUCAAUCUUGGGAAAAGUUGUCUCUAUACUAAAUACGUUUGGAUAGUUUUACAAAACCACUUAGUCGAUACUGAAGUGGAAGCAUGUAUCAUUUAUAUGAUAUUUUGUUUUUUAUUCGUGGCAAUUCCAACGGCCAAUUAUAUGCCUUUCAUCCGAAGAUUCAUUGAAUUUAUGUGUGUAUUUUUAAUGGCAACAUAUGUAGUAUACAUAUUGUUAUUUUUUAAAGCGGAUGUAGAUGAAGCAACAUUAGUUAACGGGGAUUGGGUAGACAUUUUUCAAGGCCUAGGUGUAAUAUUGUUCGCGUAUACAUCAUUGCCUAAAAUUUUGAAAGCUGAAGAUGAACUUAAAACCCCAGAGCUGUUCUCUAAUCCCAAAGUUUUCAGCGUAUUAAAAGUUUCCAUAUUCUCAAUUACUAAUAUAUUUAUUGUAAUUGGUACGUGUGGUUAUUUGGCUUUUUUCAAAACGUCAAAGCUCAGUUUUUGUCUGUUGACCGCUUUACCGGAACAUGAGUUCCUCAAGUACUUCAUGGGCAUGUACUCAUUAUACAUAGCUUGUAUGCAUCAAGAUGUCUUACAGGAAUCUAUUUUAUUGUUUUGGACACCACCUCCGAAAUGUAAAAGAAAUAUGGCAGAUGAACUUUAUUGGCUUUUUAAAUUUCACGUGGGAAUGAUCUGCGUGUCUGUAUUAGGUUCUUGGUUAAUGGACAAAUGUCUGGGACAGAUGAUGGCAUUGUUAGGUUGCAUGAGUAUUUGGAACUUUAUGGUUUUUCCAUAUUUGGUCGAAUUUUGCAUAGUACACGGGAUUGACGGAAUAGCCACAAAAAAAAUUAUAAUUUUCAAAGAUGUACUUAUGAUGGUCUUGGGAGUUUCAAUUUUUGGUGCUGGAAUGGUAGCCGCUAUAAUUAACUUUAGUUAUUGUGAAUAAUGUUACUAGUAUAACUGUUAACAUAAUAUUUAGUUAUUGAAUUAUAUAUAUAUAUUGUACAAUUAUAUUAUAACUAGGUUUAUUCAUAUUUUAAAAUUAUUUAAUGAAUAUUUGAA